AUGCUGGUAUGUGUUCUGCUCGCGUGCACCACAGGGGCGUGGGCCCAGCAGCCGGUUGUAAAGUUACUGGACUUGCUAUAUACAGAUGAUCCCGCGUCAAAUGACUCAAUCAAGGCCUACAAAUCUGGUGUGAGUGCUGCAUUGAGGUCGCGCAACUUCAUGGUUGAUGAGAGACAACUGCAGCGUAUUGCGCCGCCAGUUGGUGUUGCGCAGAAUGACGUCCGCGCCGUGAUUACUCAGGCGAUGACGACAGACCCUGACAUCCUUGCUGUUGUGGGUCCUGUAGGCGACGAAACGUUGCUGGAGGCCCUGCCGGUUCUGGAGCAGUACGACUUAGUGGCUCUUGGCCCGUACACCGGAUCGGCGACUGUGCGUUACUGGGAGACGCACUUUUACUUUCUCCGCACGGAUCCAAUGUCUGGUCUGUACGCCCACAUUUGGUACGUGACCACGUACCUGCGUGUGUACCGGCUCGGCUUUAUGUAUCUGACAGAUGUUUCUUACGGGGACGACGAGUACGCCGCCGCCGAGGACUUGAUGGAGGGCAUGGGCUACAGCCUGUGUGGCGUCUUCAAACUACCCGGGACGAAGACCUGGAGUGAGAGCGACGCGGGGUUCCAGGCCGCGUGGGAGGCGUUCGUGGCGACCCGUCCGCAGGCCGUGAUUGUCUUUGGCAAGCCGUCCACGACGACCGAGGUAUUUAUACGUAAGAUGCUGCACGACGACCGCACGCGAGGUGUGUACCUGCUCUCUCCACUUGGUUUGCAGAGCCUUCUUGUCUCGACGUGGAAGGAUGCCGUCGUGGCUGGCCUCCCGUUUGUGGCCGGGCAAAUCAUCACGACGGGGGCGAACCCACUGGCAAAUGACAUGCGGUACGACGCAAUCAAGCGCUUCCAGAUGGUGAUGGAAGAUUACCUGAAGAACAGCGGGCAGACAGACUACAGCGACGCGGAUCAUUUCCUCAAGAACGAACUUGACGGCGAGCUGAUGGUUGCCGGCUGGGAGGUGGGUGAGGUCUUGCUCCAGCUCUUCGCCUCGCGGGAGUGGACGUCAAGUCACCAGGCUUUUCAAAAGUCGCUCUUCAACCAGCGGAGGUACGUCAUCGAUGACCUUGUGAUUGGCGACUUCGGCGGCGCCUGCGAGGGGCAGGCUGCGGUGCUUGGUGCCAUAUGUGAGUGCAACCAGGGCGGCCGCACGGUGUACAUCAAGACCUUUAAUGAGUACUUCAAGCCUGUGACGCUGGAGGACGAUGAGUUCACAUACCCGUUGUCGGUCUGCUACCCGAGCUCGGUGCAUCUGCUCACUCCCAUCAAUGCCCUGGAAGUUCUCAUUGGAGACAGUAAGCGUGCAAGCUACGCCACGAACGAGAUUUCGUGCGGUGAGAAGGCUGCAAUACCGGCAUCGUUACCGGGGGCGCGUGAAUUUAUGUUGAAGAUUCUCCCCGGGACCCGCGCUGAGCCCGUCAAGGAGCUGCAGGCCGAGCUGAGUGAGCGGCGUGCGGAAUUGUUCUUGGGCGUGGUGGUGGAAGAGGCGCUGGGCUUUCCGAGCCUGACCUAUGUGGACCCCGUCGAACUGUACGUGGCCCCGCACUUGCCGCGGUACAAUGUCGUCUACCUCUCCGCGACGCUUGAGCAGCAAUUGUUCAGGCUUGUGGAGUACCUCUCCGCCUCUUCCGUCGAGGAGGUCCACGCCAUCAUCUCGGGCCCACACAAAGCCGCCGUCGCCGACGUGCUGCGCCGCACACUCGUGACGUUCGGCGUGAAGCUAAAGUCGAUAAAGCUUUUUGAGUGGCAGCAGACCGUCAUUCAGGACCUCCCCAGUGCUGGGUGGGUGUUUGUGCUUGGCAUCUUCACCACCGACCUCGGCCUCAUCCUAGAUCACGUCGCUGCCCACUCAGACCUGCAUGUUCUCAUGUCAUACGACGACCACAACCUUCUCUACCCCUACUUCGUCGGCAGGAAGGCGGAUGGUGCCACCGACCGUGUUCUUUUUGCGACCAACAUGCCGCACUGGGGCGACACGAACUCGCCAGUGAGGCUUGUGCACAGUUACCACGGCGAAGUGACGAAUAAGUCCCAGUGGUCGCCGAUGAGCCUGAAAGGGUAUGCGGUUGUUCGGGCGAUACUGGCGCUUUCUGACGUGAUGGAUAUCUUCUCCGCCGACCUUUUCCUGGUAACACUCUACAUGUACAAGACGAUUUAUGUGGAGGACAUGGUGUUUGGCCCCUUCGACGACGGACUAACCAAGACAUGCGAUGAGACUUCGGAUUGCCUGGUGAACUACGGGGCGUCACUGAUCUCCGUCUGGUCGAUGUCGCGGUCGCUGGACCCCUCGCUCCCACGCGUCGCACCCCCCAUGACACCGUCGAUGCGGUACGUGGAGCCAACAAGUGGACUGACAAAGAUGCAGCUCUUUGGCAUCAUCCUCGGCGUGAUUAUUCUGGUUAUUAUUGCGGUUGUGGUAAUCGUUGUAGUGCUAAUGUGCUGCCGCCGCGACUCGCGCGACAACGCGAAUGCGCCGAAGGAGCCGACGGACCCCGUGACGCUCGUGUUCACCGACAUCGAGAGCAGCACGGCGCUGUGGGCCGCGUGCCCCGAGCUGAUGCCCGACGCCGUGGCGACGCACCACCGC